CCAAGUCUGACUCUUGCGGUAACUGCUGUGGCAUUCUGAAAAAUCUCGCCGUGCUCCUUGAACCAGAGUAGGGACUUACGAGAGAUAGAUUGGGGUAUCGGGAGCAGACUUCUCAUUAAAGCAUCGGCCAAGAGCUGCCAGUUAUGCCGCAGCAUCUACGAGCACGUUGCUGGUCGACACAGCGAAAGUUAUGAUGCGCCAGACGCCCAGGACCAGGACAGCACGUACAGCAGGACCACCAUGACUUUUACGAAUAUGAGUGGAAUGGCAGGCGAGGAGGGCCAAUUAUCGCAGACUGAGUUGACAUGGUGACGAGGUCGCGAUUCCCAUUAUGGGAUAUUGUGUCUCGACGCGUGGGCUGACGAAGCCCCUGCGUACGACGCGGAGUAAACUGGUCGACCGUCUCGCCCGCAUCCCUCUCGGGCUUCUGCCGCCGACCUUCCGCGACGCUGUUGCUCUGACCAUUUCCUCUGCAUUAUCUAGGACGACCCCGACGACUGGCGUUCGGGAGAACAUGGGAGCCCUGUAUACACGAGCCACCUUCGUUAUUGCCGCCUCGGGCGCAAAAAACUCGUUAGAGGGCCUCUACGUGGCCAAACGUCUAGAACCGCACGCAUUCCGUGUUCCGUAUUACCCCGAGGGGAACAGCCCUGCCCAAGGCACUGUCAACGUUGCCGUCCAGCCAGACCUGGAGCACGAUAUGCUAGACGGGCCGUUGGGGAAACGAGCCUGGGCGUUGCAGGAGUGGUAUCUCGCCAUCGCCCGUGCCGCAUUGCUGCGCGCAGACUCACCGAGCACGGCGCCCACAGACAGGAGGCGACCAGAAGGACGGCCGCCACUGCAUUGAGCGAGAGAUGCUCGCAGGCACACUUGC